UGUCUUAAUUGUUUAUUAAAUUAAAUCUUAUGAGCAUUUAACAACGCGAUCUUUCAUAAAUUCGAUGAUAAACAGAAAGAGUACAAAUGUAAUACUUUGGAAAUGGGAUUAAAACGAAGUAGAUGUAACAUAAACGAUUUUUCUAAAUAAUAAAUAUGUAAAGGAGAUAGGAAAAAUAGUGUGGUGACUCUAUUUCUGGUGCGCCAAUGUUCUAAGCUAAAUAUGGCUAUCGAUACAGAAAUAACGCCUAUUCAGAGCUUUGAAAUAACUCCGGAAACUCUUGAAUUUACAACCGGAGCGGAUACAAGAAAUAUUGGCAUAAAACAUUUUCUAUGUCUGCGUCGAACACUUCCGAAGACGCGUCUGUCACAGGCGAUCUUGUACGAAAAUGUGAGUUACAGACGACAACUGUCGAUGAAGAUGGACUCAAUGCAAAAGGACAGACUCAGGAACGCACAGGUGCUUGAAUCAAAUAUGAGAGCGUUCAGACAAACACAGAAACGGAAACAACAAAAAUGGAAGCGAGUAGACGAAAUUCGUCUAUCAAAUAUGAACUUGCCCUGCGUCCAUCUUAAGAGCGAAGAGGAACGCCCGAAAAGUGGCAAAAUUAUGUACCGAAUGUCAGAAUUCAAACCGGAAGGCGAAAAACAAGAAUCCCCACAGCCUGUUCUGCCGAAAAUGAACUUGACUGUUAGACGUGAACAGACAGAAAUAAUAACUCAUAGGGAAAAGACUUUUAUGACAAGAUUUCCGGAAAUAAUAAACAUUGAUCAAGCACUUCUAGACAGACAUAAUAAUUACUGUGGAAAGCAUCUGUUGGAAGACGGAGGAUCUGGACAAGACGGACGAUUUAGUAGAUUUGUUGGCGCAUUGUCUCCCGCUAAAGUCGAUCCUAAUGAAUAUCCGUUCGAGAAUCUGAAAUCAUACAGUCGUCUGCAUAAGUAUGAUCCUACGAAAGACGAUAGGCAGACACCUAGAUCUGCAAGAGUUGUUCCAAAAUCUCAUCAACAGAAUUUAAAAGACGAAGUCGCAAAAAGGUUCGAAGCCAUCAAAUCUCGCGAGAACACGUUUUAUGCAGACGAGACAGAAUCCUCCACAGAUCGAUCGCAGAAGACAGGAGCCCUUCAGAGACAGACGGGACGAUUUCAGAAAAGAGGUGAACUCCAAUAAGCGGGCAGAUUUGUUAUUCCACGCUGUCGUCUGCUGAAUCAUGCCUCUUUCUCGCGCGUAAAACAGAAUCGAUCAGUUAAAAAGGACCAAAAACAGAAGAUAAUGUUUACAUCUACGCAUAGACGACGAAUGCUUGCUGAAAAAAAAUUGAGUAAGUUGUAUGAGCCUAUAGGGAAAUGCAGAUUAAAUGUGACAAUGAAUGAAAGUCGAACAUUUACUGUAUGUCUUGCAAAUACCUUUUAUUGGCAAGUCUCAGGGCAACGAAAGCUGACUUCUAAGUUACCUUAGGUGUCUUUGAGUUUAUAAGUGUAAAAGAUAAAGUUUGCAAAGAGGUUAAUGCAACUGUGAACUACCCAAUGCUUUAGACAAAGUCUAAAUACACGCAUUUCUACGGAACGGCAGAUCUGUACUUCCAACAGCAUACUUUUUAUUAGGGCUGGGACGAUUUCUAAAUUUUGAAAUCGGUUAAUUGUUUGUAUGAAAUCGAAUCGAACCGGUUAAUCGGCCGUCAUAUUUAAAAUGCUAUUUUCUUUCCUGACGACUGUAUCAAGAUACUUCCAGCAGCUGACUUCAUCAGGAACUUACGGACUUUAUCGUUUGCAAACAGUUUAUUGUUAAUAAAUCAUAUUUUAAUGUAUUGUUUUUAGAUACAUCACGACAGGCAAAUCUGAGACCAUUAAUAAUGUUCAAUUUGAUUUGUUUUAGCGGAAAUAUACUGGUCUAUCAUAUAGUAUGUUAUGGUCGAAGAAAUGUAUAAAGAUAAAGUUCAAUUCGUGAUCAAUGUUUACUGCUUGAAAGCGAUUACCGGUUUUGCAAAACUGAAACCGGUUUUACAUAGUAAUGGAAUCGGAUCCGAUUAACCGAGUAAUCGUCCCAGUCCUAUUUUUUAUACCUUGACUAUAUACAGUACACUAGGUAUUGACUCCAAGAGAAUUGUGUACGGAUCUGUAGCAAAAUAUCGGAACAUUUUCUACUUAUAACCUUGGAUUUCAGUCAAAACGUCCUUUAUAUAAUAAUUGGUACCGUCAAAUGAAACAUAGUCUGUGAUUCUGUUUCUUAAACACGUGUCCAUUUUGUCAUUUUAUUUGAACAUUGUUCAUAUGUUUUUUUGUUUUUUUUUUAUAUUUCUGUAUCAUGUUACGUUAAAAAAAUAUUAAAAAUGCAUUUGCAUUCAAAUGAG